AUGAGCAAAGCAGGGGAAAAGGACCCGGACUUUCCUUACACCCACCUGUGGGUGAGUGCUGAUGGGGAGACCCACAUCACUGAGGCCAAGAUGAGUGGGUUUGAGCUGAAGAAGUACGCUGAGGAUCCGCAGUAUGUGAAAGAGGGGCCUUCUCCCAGCAAAACAGUGUUCACACAGCUGAAUGCUGGCCUCGAACAGGACUUCCACCCCUGCCCUCAGGUCCAAUUUGUUGUGACUCUCUCAGGAAAGUGGUAUGUGAAAGCUACAGAUGGUUCUGUGAAGAUCAUGGGCCCGGGAGAUGUGCUCUUCCAGGAUGAUGUCAAGAACAGCCCAGCCAAGAAGUCGCCCGGCCACUGGUCCGGGGUUGUGGGGGACUGGCCUUGUCAGCAGAUGGUCAUCCAGGUGUCACGCAAGCCAGAGGUUGACAGGCCAGGAAGCUUGUGA